GCACUACCAAAUCGGUAUGUUCGAUUUUACGCGGUUAAAGUUGUGCAAGUCGUUUGGUAGAGUAACAAGUGAAGUACUGUCAGUUUUAAGCUUUCAUCUAAACUGAAUAUUAAUUUUUAAUUUUUGUCAGUGUUAUUCAUAGACGUUUUGUUUCUUUGAAAAUCCGUGGGUCAAUAAAUUGUAUUUGAUCCUACAACUCUCUGAACGAUGUCUUCAAAAGGCAAGAAUACCUCGAAGAGUGACACACCUCCAGUGGAGGAAGAGUUUUCUGUGGAGAAGGUCCUGGAUGUGAGGAUUACUAAGAGUGGAAAAACAGAGUAUUUUCUCAAGUGGAAAGGCUACUCUGAUGAAGAGAAUACCUGGGAACCAGAAGAGAAUUUAGAUUGUCCGGAGCUGAUCCAAGAGUUCAAGGACGCAAGAAAGAAAAAAGAAUCGCUCAAAAGGCAGGAGGAAACAACACCCAAACAACCUGCCAAGAAAAAGAAAACAACCAAGGAUGGUAAAGAAGGGAAAGAGAAGGAAGUGAAAGAGAAAGAAGAAAAAACACCACAACCGAAGAAAAAAGUUGUUGAGCAGGAUGACACCCCAAAAGGAUUCGAGAGAGGACUGGAACCAGAGAGAGUGAUUGGUGCCACAGACUCCAGUGGAGAACUUAUGUUCUUGAUGAAGUGGAAAGGUACUGACGAGGCUGAUCUGGUACCUGCAAAGCUGGCUAACAUCCGAUGCCCUCAAAUCGUCAUUCAAUUCUAUGAAGAACGGCUAACUUGGCAUACUUCAUCCACAGAUGAAGCAAGUUAGAAUUUACCAGGAUUCAUCAGUUUAAUCACCAUUUGUUUGUUUUCUACUUCUUUAUUUUUUCAUUUUAAUUUUGAUGAUAAUGAAACACAUAGGCUCUUAAUAUUCAUGGUAGUAUUAUUAUAUUAGUAAUGUUACAUCUGGACUGUUUGUUUUGACGAUACUCAGUGGAAUUAUUGAAACUUAAUUUUUGCUUCAAAACUACUUUUGUGUUACCGGUGACUUAACAUUACAGGUUUAAAUUUAUUUAUUUCAUUUCAUGUAUAAGGUAAAAGUUUUAAUACACAGAGUGUAGUAAAAUUAUUUUAAAAUACAUAUUAACUGAUUUGAAUAGUUAAAAGUUGGAAAAAUAC